AUAUAACUCUGCUUUGCUUAAUGAAUUACCGGGAAUGCUCUGCUUGAGAGAGAAUGGAAGGUGAGAAGCAUCAUCAGCACCAGAAAUGGUUGGAUGAAAGCAUCUCAAAUGGUUUAAUUCGUGAACUGGAUGCCCUUACUAUACGCGGCCUUCAGUUCCAGCAUGUUGAGAAAGGUCUCCUCCGCUUUAAAUUCGUCAUCCCAGAACACCUCUCCGACAAAGAUGGAAAUUGGCACGCCGGAGCAAUAGCAGUCUUAAUAGACGACAUCAGCGUUGGUGUUGUGUUUUCCUCCAAUAGACGUAUCAGUGUCUCCGUCAAUUUCGACAUCUCUUACUUUUCACCGGCCAAGAUACAUGAAGAAGUUGAGAUAGAGGGGAAGGUUGUUGCGCACAAGGAUAGACUAACGUUGGUUGCGAUAACAAUAACGAAAAAAGACAGCGGAGAGAUGGUCGCUUUUGCUAAGCAAUGGAUGUCUUCAACUUCAAUACAGAUGACUCUUGGGUCUAGCAAGCUCUAACGUCAUAUGGUCCGAUAGGAGUUUCAAACGAUAUCCAAAAUUCGAGUGGCUAAAGUUGAAGCAGCGCUACUUUUGAAGUAACGGAAAUGUUCUUUUGGUUCUUUUGUAAUUUCCAUAUGCUUUGAAUUUGAACUUUGAUUAUCCUUAAUUGCAAUAAAUUCGGCUGUAUGAUUUUUUC